CAUUCGUCUCAUCAGCUGUUAGAACAUUGGGUUUUUCUUUUAUAGCAUUGUUUGAGUGAAGGGUCAACUAACUGUUUUAAACUUAAAAAAUGCUUAGCAAUAUUGUAAAGCGGUCAGCGAGUGUCGGAAUUCACUUGUUGAAAGGUCAAUCGCAGAUUACAGCGGCUGGUGGCAGUGUGCUUAGUACGAAUCAAUACAGAGGAGCAGCUAAAUGGUAUCCAGAUCCUGAAUUUAUGAAACAAUUUAGCGGUCCAGUGAUGUAUCCAGAUGAAGUUACCGCACUGUGGCAAGUGCCCCCAUGGAACAGCAAAGUUGUACCCGUUGAGAAAUCGGUUCGCAAUUUGACCUUAAAUUUUGGCCCCCAGCAUCCGGCAGCUCACGGUGUUCUACGUCUUGUGCUUGAGCUUGAUGGCGAGACGGUGAUGCGAGCAGAUCCCCAUAUUGGUCUCCUGCAUCGUGGCACCGAGAAGUUAAUCGAGUACAAGACCUAUACACAAGCACUGCCAUACUUUGAUCGUUUGGAUUACGUGUCGAUGAUGUGCAAUGAACAAUGCUACUCACUGGCCGUUGAGAAGCUACUCAACAUCGAAGUUCCUCUGCGUGCCAAAUACAUUCGAACACUGUUUGCUGAAUUAACUCGCAUUCUCAAUCAUAUCAUGGCCGUAGGCACUCAUGCCUUAGACGUUGGUGCGCUGACUCCGUUUUUCUGGCUUUUUGAAGAACGUGAGAAAAUGAUGGAAUUCUAUGAACGUGUUUCAGGCGCCCGCAUGCAUGCCGCUUAUAUUCGACCAGGCGGAGUCUCAUUAGAUAUGCCAUUGGGUUUAAUGGAUGAUAUUUAUGAAUUUGCAUCUAAGUUCUCUGAACGUUUAGAUGAGGUUGAGGAUGUGCUCAGUACGAACCGUAUAUGGGUACAACGAACUGAAGAUAUUGGUAUUGUGUCAGCUGAGGAAGCUCUCAACUAUGGCUUCAGUGGCGUUAUGCUGAGAGGUUCGGGCAUCAAAUGGGAUUUGAGAAAGCAACAACCAUAUGAUGCUUACCACUUGGUUGACUUUGAUAUACCAAUCGGUACAAAAGGCGAUUGCUAUGAUCGAUAUCUAUGUCGCAUUGAAGAGAUGCGCCAAUCACUGCGCAUUAUCGAUCAGUGCUUAAAUCAAAUGCCACCCGGUGAAAUUAAGACGGAUGAUGCUAAAGUUACGCCGCCCUCGCGCUCUGAAAUGAAGACAUCGAUGGAAGCCCUCAUCCACCAUUUUAAAUUAUUUACCCAGGGUUAUCAAGUACCGCCUGGUGCGACUUAUGCAGCCAUUGAAGCUCCAAAGGGUGAGUUCGGCGUUUAUUUGGUAGCCGAUGGCUCAAGCCGCCCAUAUCGCUGCAAGAUUAAAGCCCCCGGAUUUGCUCAUUUGGCUGCACUUGAAAAAAUUGGAAAGCAACAUAUGUUGGCCGAUGUUGUUGCAAUUAUUGGCACUCUUGAUGUUGUUUUUGGCGAAAUUGAUCGAUGAACUUUUGAUUCAAUACGAUUUUUGGUUAUACAAUGAAUUGUAAACAAUACAAAUAAAUAAAUCUUAGUCAAAUCAUUAA